ACGGCUGUUCAAACACCAAACUCCCAAAUCCCGAAACUUUUGAGCUCCUCCCUACAACUCCCAUUAUCCCGAAAAAGAAAACUUCCAGCGUUGUUCUGAAACCAUAUUCCAACUUCUGCUGCUAUAAACUGCCUCAAGAUGAUCCUUACAUAACAACAGAACACACAAAGAACGGGAGCAGUGCAGAAGGAAAAUGUCUCCUAAGGUGCCUGGUGGUCAGGGCAGAGGGGACUUCUCAGCAGUCCAAGUAGCUGUUCGAGUGCGUCCCCUUCUCCCCAAAGAGAUCCUACACUGCCACGAGAGUUGCAUCACCGCGGACCCUGAACUUCAUCAAGUGACUUUGGGCCACGAUCGACACUUUGUUUCUGAUUUUCUAUUCGAAGAAGCUUGCUGUCAGGAGGAGGUUUAUUCUCUGUCCGUCCAACCGCUCAUAGAUGCUUUCUUCCAAGGCUUCAAUGCCACUGUCUUUGCCUAUGGACAAACAGGCUCAGGCAAGACUUACACCAUUGGAGAAGCUAAUAUUAGUUCCUUCAGAGACGAGGAGCAGGGUAUCAUCCCUAGAGCUGUGGCAGAUGUCUUCAGACUGCUGGAUGAAAACGACCUUGCAGACUUCUCUGUUCGAGUCUCCUAUUUGGAGGUGUAUAAGGAGGAAUUUAAAGAUUUACUGGAGGUUGAGACCGCUAGCAAGGACAUCCACAUUCGUGAGGACAAAGGCAACAUCGUUUUGUGCGGUGUAAAGGAGUGCGAAGUAGAAGGUCUUGAUGAGGUGUUGAGUCUGCUUGAGUCAGGAAACACUGCUAGACACACCGGUGCAACACAGAUGAAUCCGAAUUCCAGCCGGUCUCACACUAUUUUCAGCUUGUACAUGGAUCAGCGUCGUGGGAGCUCGCGUUUAAAUGGGACUGCUGCGAACUCCGGACCACAAAUGUUGUCUUCAAAGUUUCACUUUGUGGAUUUGGCUGGGUCGGAGCGCAUCUUACGGACGGGUAACACUGGAGAGAGAUUGAAGGAAAGUAUCCAGAUCAACAGCGGCCUUCUGGCUCUAGGAAAUGUUAUCGGUGCUCUGGGGGAUCCUAAGAGAAAAGGCUCUCAUAUACCAUACAGAGACUCUAAAAUCACUCGGAUACUGAAAGACUCUUUGGGAGGGAAUUCAAAAACACUGAUGAUUGCCUGCAUCAGCCCUUCAUCCUCGGACUUUGAUGAGAGUCUGAAUACACUAAACUAUGCGAUGAGGGCUAGAAACAUUCAAAACAAAGCUACUGUCAACUCUAAGCGUGAACCUGAUCGCAUGGAAGGACUGGAGCAGCAGAUCAAGGCUCUUCGCAGGGCCCUGGAGAACCGUCAGCGCUCAGAGACUCGCAUCAUCGCUCACGCUGACCCAAACAGGAGACCCCGACUUGGGGAAGGAGAAAUCAGCAGGCUGUAUGCACAGAGCGCACACUACAGGACCUGCACUGACACGGCUUACAGGUUGCUGCGGGAGCUGCAGAGUGAAGGCUCUUUGAGUGCAGAACAGUGUCUAAGAGUAAAAGAGUGGCUGUGCUCGGUUGAAGAGGAGCGGAGCGGGCUCACGACCGCCUCCGGACCAGACAGUGGUAUCGAGAACAGUUCCACCUUUGCACUGAGAAGAGGCAGGCCUUCCAUAAGGAAUGUGGAUGCAGAAGCUGUGGAGGAGAGGUGGAACCAUGAGAGUGAGAGAGAAGACGUUAUCGCUCAUCUUCAGGCUCAGAUCCAGCAGCUGGAAAAAGAGAAUACCGACUUUUUAGCAGCUCUGGAGGACGCUAUGGAGCAGUACAAGCAACAGAGUGAUAAACUGCAGGAACAGCAGGACCAGAUAUCAGAUCUACAGUGUCAGCUCUCUGCACUUGGGACGAUGGGCCUCGGGUUAAACAUGAGGUUACGACCUCACACCGCCCCGAUGGGCUCCAUGCAGCAUGGUCAGAAUGGAGGAACAUGCAGACAGGUCAGUCCAGUGGGUCAUACAGGCCAUGGGUUUGAUCAGAAUGGGGCGGUUUAUGUGGACCUGGAGACCCCCGGAGGUGCAGAGAUGUACUACAAGGAAAAAGAAGGAACUCACCCACGCUUCUUUCAGGAGAAAUCCCAAACGGUGAACGUGACCUGGACCAAGCGGGACAUGCAUUUAGGUGUAGCGGCUCUUGACAAAGGGACGACGCUUCAGCAGUCCGAGUCAGAUCUGCACCCUUGUUUAGCCAGAAAAGCAUGUAAGUCUUACGGGUGUUUUGAUAAUUAUUUUGAAGGAUUUUACAACAUUGUGAAAGGGUACUGGGAGAGUUACAGAGAUGGAUCAUGUGAUGGCAAAAGUACUGACUUCAUGUGUCCUCCUUCGAACUUCUAUGAAGCCAACUCCAGUAGUGGAGAGAGCCUGAGAAGCUUUGAGGGUGUUUCAGAGUGGGGACUUCUGCAGGCACAGCAGAAGAUCAGGGAGCUCUCAGUCACCAUCCGCAUGAAAGAAGAACUCAUCAAGGAGCUGGUCAAAACAGGUAAGGAAGCCCAGGCCCUGAAUAAGCAGUACAGCCAUAAGAUCACAGCUCUGGAGGGUGAAGCUGUGCAAGCCCGGCAGGAGCUGCAGGAGGCCCAGCGGCAGCUGCAGGAUCUGGAGAGGCAAGAGAAGGAAAUAAGUGCAACCGACAAGACCAGGGCACAGGAAUGUCGCAGGAAGAUAGCUGCUGCUCAGAGCAAAGUUCAGGUUUUAAGUCAGCGCCAGAGGGAUACAGCUCGUCUGGCCAACCUACCUGUUCAGAGUGAACGUCGUGUGUUGGAGCUGGAGAGGAGUGUCCAGUCCAUGAAGCAGCAGCAGGAGCAGCUGCAGCGACGCCUGCGAGAGGAGAGUCAGCAGAAACGGCGCCUGGAGACCGAAAUGCAAAGAAGAACUCACAGAGUCAAGGAACUUGAGAUAAAGAAUGAGCAGCAACAGAAAAUCCUGAGGAUAAAAACGGAGGAGAUCGCAGCCUUCCAGAGACAGAGGCGCAGUGGCAGUAACGGCUCGGUCAUCUCGUUAGAGGAGCAGCAGAAGAUUGAGGAGCAGAAGCGCUGGUUGGAUGAAGAGAUGGAGCGUGUUCUAGACCAGAGAAGAGGACUGGAAGAUCUGGAAGGGGAGCUGACUAAACGAGAGCAAAUCCUGGCCAAGAAGGAAGCCUUGCUACAGGAACGCAGCGGGCUGGAGACCAAACGGCUCCUCUCCAGUCAGGCUCUAAGCAAAGAUCUGGUGAUGCUCACUGGGCGGAUUGAGUCACUUGAGCAGGAGCUGAGCGAAAGGAACGGCUUACUUCGCAGCAGCAGCGCUCAAGAUUCCCAACACAUCCGGCAAGAGAUCUCCAACCUGCGGCAGGAGAAGGAUUCCCUGCUGAAGCAGCGUGUUGAGCUGGAUGAUAAACUACGGAAAGGAAACUUGCUCUCACCUGAGGAGGAGAGAACUCUUUUCCAGUUGGACGAGGCGAUCGAGGCUUUGGAUGCCGCUAUAGAGUACAAGAACGAGGCCAUCACUCAGAGACAGAGACAGCUCAGGGCUUCUGCCAGCAUGCUCUCCCAGUGGGAAAUGAACCUCAUGGCUAAGCUCAGUUACCUGUCUGCCUCUGAGACCAGAGCUCUGCUGUGCAAGUACUUUGACAAGGUGGUGUCUCUGCGUGAGGAGGAGCGUAAGCUGCAGCUUGCACUGACCGAGCUGGAAAUGCAUCUGGAGGAGCAGCAAAGGCAGGUGCAGUGGCUGGAAAACGCCCUCGAUCGCACACAACUCGACACGGACCGCCGGCUCACGCAGCAGCAGAGGGAACACGAGAGGAGCAUGCAGCUGCUGCUGCAGCAGUGUCGAGAACAAAUGGAUGAGGGCCUGGCAGGAAGGCAGCGGCAGUUUGAGGGAUUGAUCCACAACCUCAGUAAGGAGCUAAACCAUCACAGGACCGCUAAUCUGGAGCUCAACAACAAACUGAGAGAGCUCUGUCCACCAAAGGAGCAUCCCAGAGUCUUUCCUUCUGAUGUUAAACAUGCAAAUAUUGGCAGCAUGGAGAAGCUGAGCCGCUGCUCUGUGGACAGCUCAGCAGGUCGAGGGGCGGGGCUUCACGACAAACCAACCAGGUCCAAAGAUGAGGUGAGGGAACUGGUAAACACCCCGCUCCCAUCCACAUGGAGGCGCUCUUCCCUUCCUACAGAGGAACCUGUAGUGAUGGAGGAACUGUGGCUUCAGGUGUCAGGAGAUUCUCUGACUCACCGUGUGGUUCCGACUGGUACGGGGUCCUGGACUGGGCCCACAUCAUUUCCUGUGGUGAAAUCUCGCAGAGAGUCUCGGCGCUCCAGCCUCAUCAUCGGACCACUGACCUCAAACAAUUCAUUAAUUGAUGUACGUAAGAAUCCUGUCUGAGUUUUACGUGCCACUAUUUUGAUGUUGUGUCUUAUUUGCCCACAUUGUCAUUUUGUUUAUUUCAUUUUUUGUAAUUUUUUUAAUGAAAAUUCCACAGAUUUUUCUACAAAGCACUUUUGAUUAAGAUCAAAUUCAUAUUUUCAUGCAAAUGCUAAUUGUAAAAAAUAAGUCAUUAAAAAAUGUCAUUAUCUAUUCAGGUAAACUUUUGUUUAUUUACAAUAUUUUGUAUUAAAUGUUUUGGGGGUUUAAUGUG